AUGCCCCGCACCCACCUCGCAGGAACCUACGGAGUUCUCAUGAACGAAUGCUGGAUGCUGGAAGAGGGUUUCAAGCGUGGUCUUGUCAAAUACGACCCCAAAACCUACAAAUACUUACUCCAGGGAUGGCCUGAACAGCCUUUCAGCGAUGCAACAAAAGAUAAUCUACGAGUCUGGCCUUCCUGGCCUCCACAUAGGUCAAGUUUGGGUCGGAGAUGGGCCUCAGAUGGCUUAACCAUUCUAUCCUGGGUUUUACCCGGCUCGUUUUGGAGAGGCCGUCACACUGCCAAAGUUGAGGAACAGAUGAAGAAGUUUUGCGAACUUGCCCACAUCACUUUCCACCCGAAGCCCAGGUGGUGGGCUUCGGCUGACGGAGACAUGCCUCCAAUUUUGAAGGGCGUCACCCAGCUCGCCAUACUGGCAGCCGAGGCGGCGACCUGGCUAGUGAUGAAAUACCAGCUUGUGUACUUGGAAGUUAUGUAUUCCGGAGCGGUCCCAAUGAAGAACAACCGCCUUCCGAUACACAUGUGCAGCGCCAGUAAUUACGACAAAAAGACACAGUACUCCCCCCUGCCACAGAUUUUGAAUUGCGAUUACUCCGAGGCGACUGCUUUCGAGUCUAAGUGCGCCCCGACUUUAAAAUCUCAAGAAGAGCGAGUUUGUAGUAAUAUUUCUCUUGUCAGGCUCGUCUUUCUUCUCCAAAACACAUUCGUGUACCAGAUGACCAUCAAACACAUCGCAGCGCUAUCUUUCAUUUCACAAGCAUUUUGCGAAUCGCCAAGUCUGUUGAAGGAUACUAGGUUUGAAGCCAAGUACUACUACUUGAAGCUCGUAACGCUCCCA